GGUGAUUGGGGGAGUCGGCACAAAACAUUUGGCGGAUUCUUCCUUUUCUGUGUCCUUUAAAAUGUCAUUUUGCAUAUGCACAUCCAAACCAGAUCUUCCCUGCCAAAACGGAAAACGUGUUUCAAAUUGAGCCAUGCUAUUAGAAAACUCUGGUCUUACUUUUUUUUAUAUUUAUUGUAUUCCAGCCAGAUUAUAGCAUGGCAAAACCUGUUGCCUUCUAUUCUUCUUGGGAUUCCAGAAUGCUACAGGAACCAUCCCGGGAUAAAGGAGUUGUUGCCUCAAUUACGUGAGUAUUAAGAACUGGGAGAGACUCAUGUAGCUUGGUCUAAAGGCUUAUCAGAGGCUAAGCCAGAGGGUGGAAAAAAAACAGUAAAGCUAGCCUCAGUCGACCAGAGGUACGGGCACAAGGCCAUCUGUCCAUUCUCUGAAUACAACUGACAACAAAAGAGGGCAACACCACACUCAAGGAAUCAUACACACUCUGGAGCCGCAAACGUUAACUCAUCCUGGAUUGACAAGGAAAAGAAGCCUCAGUGAAGAAAGUAACAGGCAUCUCUGCUCUAUCUCAACCUCCAUCACAUCUCAGCCAUUUCUACUGUUCUCCGCUCUUAAACAAGCUCCUCUUCUGCUGGAGUGUCAUGGAAAAAGGGACCACAUUUCAUCUAACAGCUUAUAGACAGUCUGUUUGAAGCAUUGAGACCCAAGAGAAGAAUGAAUAUGAAUGAGAGGGAGGGAGGAGUAUCUGAGGGGGGGCUAAAUGUCACCCUCACCAUCCGCCUACUAAUGCAUGGCAAGGAGGUUGGAAGUAUCAUUGGGAAGAAAGGAGAGACUGUCAAAAAAAUGAGAGAGGAGAGUGGAGCCCGAAUUAAUAUAUCUGACGGUUCCAGUCCAGAGCGCAUUGUCACCAUCACUGGGGCGUCUGAGGUCAUUUUCAAAGCCUUCGCCAUGAUUGCAGAGAAGUUUGAGGAGGAUAUCUUGGCAUCCAUGAUAAACAGCACGGUGACAAGCAGGCCUCCUGUGACAUUGCGCCUCGUCUUCCCUGCCAGUCAGUGCGGUUCGCUCAUUGGUAAAGGAGGCUCGAAGAUCAAAGAGAUCAGAGAGAGCACAGGUGCCCAGGUCCAGGUCGCAGGAGACCUACUGCCAGACUCGACUGAGAGAGCUGUGACCAUCUCUGGCACCCCACACGCCAUCACCCAAUGCGUGAAACACAUCUGCACCGUCAUGCUGGAGUCACCACCUAAAGGAGCCACCAUUCCAUACCGACCCAAACCCUCUGCAGGUGGCGGCCACACAGUGUUGACGCAACCGCAUGCUGCGACGGCAUUUGCUAUUCCAGGACAGUUUGCCAUUCCACCCCAAGACUUGACCAAGCUUCACCAGUUGGCUAUGCAGCAUAUCCCCCUUACCUCCCUUGGGCAGAGCAACCCCACCUUCCCUGGUCUGGAGGCCUCCAUUGCAACCAGUUCUCAAGAGUUGAGCAUACCUAAUGAUCUCAUCGGCUGCAUCAUUGGCAGACAGGGCAGUAAGAUCAAUGAGAUUCGCCAGAUGUCUGGUGCCCAGAUCAAAAUUGCCGGGGCCACAGACGGUUCGGCAGUUCGCCACGUCACCAUCACGGGCUCCCCGGCCAACAUCAGCGUGGCUCAGUACCUAAUCAGUGCCAGUUUAGAGAUGGCUAAACUGAGCAUCCAGGCUGCGUCGUCCGCCAGCGCCGGUGCACCAAUCGACCUCGGCCUGGGCUUCUCCCAAUCCACACCUUCCGCCUCCACACCCUCCUCCAUGGCCGUCCUGACUGCUUCCCCCUCCGCUAUUAACGUCCACUCGCCUCAGUCCGUCCCCUCCAUCCCCAGCGCCCAUUACGCCUUGCCUGUUUCCAGUCUGCUUGGCAUGAAAACCGUUCCCCUGCUGGCAGUGCACGCAGCCUCAUCCGCAGGCCUUCCGGCAGGCCUCACUCCCUACACCACAAAGAUCCCUACCUCAUCCGGCAUCAAAAAAUCUGAUCGGCAGAAGUUUGCCCCGUACUGAGCGGCUGUGGUCUUGUCUCAUCCGUAAUGUUGUACUUGUUUGUUAUUUAGUCAUGAAUAUUAAACGAUUAGUUCACUUCAAGAAUGAAGAUUUCCUGAUAAAACUUCGCCUUCGGCAAGAUAUUACUUUAUUCAGAUUCAAGAAAUUUAGAUUUUUGGGGAAAAACAUGGAGGAUUUUACUAUAUAUAUAUGUAUAGUAGCCUUUUUUGGUUGUUACUUUUUAAACUACACUUUUAUUGUUCAAGUGAAGUAAUUUCCCUUAAAAUAAAUAAAUAAUUUUAUAUAUUUUGUGACCACAAAAGCUUGCCUAUAACUAUUGCCAGACAAUAUUUUCAGUAGGUGAGAUCAUUAUUGAAUGUUCAAACCACUGAACACCAUAGAAGUCUACUAUAUAUAACAACUAUAUAUAACAACAACAGCAACAACAAAAAUCCAACACGUUUUCCUCAAAAUCCUUCAUUUAUUCUUGACAAAAGAAUUUCAUUCUGGAAGGGAACUAAUCCUUUAACUAGACUAAAUUUUGUUUUACAUGUCUCUUUGAAACAUUUCACCAAGAAAUAGUGAGAGCAUGACAAGAUUAAUCUCUUCUUAUUCUGUAUUGUCUUCCAUUUUGUUUGACAUUUCAUUUGGAAGUGUUUGAAAUAUCCAUCUUGCACUAUAUAAUUUAUCUGACAGUCCCUGUUUUUUAAAGCCAAAGCCUACAGGAACUUGAUAUAUUGGUACUAUGCAGAUCAUGGUGUAGAAUGUGUAUUUCUCUCUCUCUCUCUCUCUCUCUCUCUCUCUCUCUCUCUCUCUCUCUCUCUCUCUCUCUCUCUCUCUCCCUCUCUCUCUCUCUCUCUCUCUCUCUCUCUCUCUCUCUCUCUCUCUCUCUCUCUUUCUCUCUCAGGCAACAUUAAUAGGCAACAUUAUUAGCCCUCCAGUUUUUUCCUAAUUUUUCCCAAGUGACAUUUAACAGAGCAAGCAAAUUUAAUUUUAUUUACUAUAACUUACAAUAACUGCCCACUUUAUUUGGUACACUGGUCCAACUGCUUGUUAACGCAAAUUUCUAAUCAGCCAAUCACAUGGGAGGAAUGCAUUUAGGCAUGUAGACAUGGUCAAGACAAUGUGCUGCAUUUAAAACUGAGCAUCAGAAUGGGCAAGAAAGGUGAUUUAAGCGACUUUGAACAUGGCACCGUUGUUAGUACUAGACAGGUUGGUCUGAGUAUUUUAGAAACUGCUGAUCUACUGGCAUUUUUAAACCAUCUCUGGCGUUUACAAAUAAUGGUCUGAAAAAGAGGAAAUAUCCAGUGAGCGUCAGUUCUGUGGGCACAAAUGCCUUGUUGUGGUCUCCACAUAUGGCCUCCACAGGCACCAGAUCUCAACCCAAUAAAGUAUCUUUGGGAUGUGGUGGAACGGGAGAUUUCAUGUCCAUAUUGACAUGAUAGCAGCAACUGUGUGAUGCUAUCAUGUCAAUAUGGACCAAAAUC